CUGGUAGCGGCCUUACCUCUUCGAGCCGCUGGAACGCUUUGCUCGCGGCACUAUCUCUUUAUAAAGUUGUUGUUGCGGCUUCCGCCGUGGGUGGAGGAAGAUGGCGUCGGGGGGUGGUGGUUGUAGCGCUUCGGGAAGACUCCCUCCGCCCUUCCCCGUCCUGGAGCCGGAGUCCGAGGGAGCAGUCGGGGGGUCAGAACCAGAGGCCGGGGACAGCGACACCGAGGGGGAGGAUAUUUUCACCGGCGCCGCGGAUGCCAGUAAGCCCCAGUCUCCAAAGAGAAUUGCUUCCCUUCUUCCCAUCAACAGUGGCUCCAAAGAAAAUGGGAUCCGUGAGGAACAAGACCAAGAGCCACAGGAUCUCUUUGCAGAUGCCACAGUGGAGCUAUCCCUGGACAGCACACAAAAUAAUCAGAAGAAGGUGCCAGCCAAAACACUCAUUUCUCUUCCUCCACAGGAGGCCACAAAUUCUUCUAAGCCCCAGCCAAGCUAUGAGGAGCUAGAGGAAGAAGAACAGGAAGACCAAUUUGACUUGACAGUUGGUAUAACUGAUCCUGAGAAGAUAGGGGAUGGUAUGAAUGCCUAUGUGGCCUACAAAGUUACAACACAGACGAACUUACCAAUGUUCAGAAGUAAACAGUUUGCAGUGAAAAGAAGAUUUAGUGACUUUCUGGGUCUUUAUGAGAAGCUUUCAGAGAAACACUCCCAGAAUGGCUUUAUCGUCCCUCCUCCCCCGGAGAAGAGCCUAAUAGGAAUGACAAAAGUAAAAGUUGGGAAGGAAGACUCUUCUUCUGCAGAAUUUCUUGAAAAACGGAGGGCUGCUCUAGAAAGGUACCUUCAGAGGAUUGUGAAUCAUCCUACCAUGUUACAGGACCCUGAUGUCAGGGAGUUCUUGGAAAAAGAAGAGCUGCCACGCGCCGUGGGUACCCAGACAUUCAGUGGUGCUGGUCUCCUCAAGAUGUUCAACAAAGCCACAGAUGCAGUCAGCAAAAUGACCAUCAAGAUGAAUGAAUCAGACAUUUGGUUUGAGGAGAAGCUCCAGGAGGUAGAGUGUGAGGAACAGCGCUUACGGAAACUGCAUGCCGUUGUAGAAACUCUAGUCAACCACAGGAAAGAGCUAGCGCUGAACACAUCCCAGUUUGCAAAGAGUCUCGCCAUGCUCGGGAGCUCUGAGGACAACACAGCAUUGUCACGGGCACUCUCCCAGCUGGCUGAGGUGGAAGAAAAGAUCGAGCAGCUCCACCAGGAACAGGCCAACAAUGACUUCUUCCUCCUUGCUGAGCUCCUGAGUGACUAUAUUCGCCUCCUGGCCAUAGUCCGUGCCGCCUUUGACCAGCGCAUGAAGAUGUGGCAGCGCUGGCAGGAUGCUCAGGCCACACUGCAGAAGAAGCGGGAGGCUGAGGCUCGGCUGCUGUGGGCCAACAAGCCUGACAAGCUGCAACAGGCCAAGGAUGAGAUUGUAGAGUGGGAGUCUCGGGUGACUCAGUAUGAAAGGGACUUUGAAAGGAUUUCAACUGUGGUCCGAAAAGAAGUGAUACGGUUUGAGAAUCCUGUCUCCUUUAGAAAGAGAAAUCCAAGGACUUCAAAAACCACGUGAUCAAGUACCUUGAGACACUCCUGUAUUCACAGCAGCAGCUGGCAAAGUACUGGGAAGCCUUCCUUCCUGAGGCAAAGGCCAUCUCCUAAUGGACCAAGGACACCAGAGUCCACCUGCCUGACGCUGCCUUUUUAUACACUGUCCUCCUCCACCUCUGCUGGACCCCAGUGAUGCAUCCUGCCUAGCCUGGACUUCACCCCUUCCUCCCUGCCCCCAUGGCCAAGCUGUCCCCAGUCACUCUAACCAGUCCUACAUUUAGCUUCCAUAUAUAUUUUCUUACCUGAGAGAAUAGUUUCUUGCUUUAAGCAAAAAACCUAUACUAGAUGGUGGAAUUAUGGGAUAGGGGUGGAGUAUUGAUAUAAAUAUAUAAAUACAAAUGUAUAUUUUUCAGGAUGUGGUUAGGAACUGGGAAUAACAUUUUCUGUUACUCCUGAUGGUGCCAUGAAAAGAUUAUGUAAUAAAAUACUUUAAAAUCGGGUCACAUGACUCAGAAUGGUGGUGCUUUUUGCUUUAGGCUGGGGAGCAGUUGGGAAGCAGGUCUGGAAUACUCCUAACCAAGAAAUGCCCAGGUAUAGCCAGGUAUAGUUACUUCCUCUCCACAGGAGUUCACAAGCUUCUGCUCCUGCUUCCCUAUGGAUCUGGAAUUUCCUUUUCUCUGUCUACCUCAGCUACCUGUUCUGAGGGUCUCUUAAUCUAUUUAACUGUUACUCCUACUUCUUUAGGGAAGGAGUUUUAAACACAUCUCUUAUAAUAAGAGGGACAAAAGCAAUUCUCCUGCAGAGGAGGCCAGCUUUCACUUUUAUUCCUGCCCUGUUUCCCUCAGCUGCCCAGGGUUCUCUGAGAGUCUUGCUUUCUGAUCGCAAAGCCUUGCGUUCUGAACAUCUUUUUGCUGCCCAUCAAAGCAUGUCCUCAGUAGACUGGUCCAUGUUAAAAACGUAAAGGACUGAUAAGGACUUAGCACUUUGUCCCACUGACAACAGAACCAGGCACUCUGGCUCUAAAUAAAGUCAUCCCAGAAUUCCUAAACCUUCUGAGUUCCAAGAAGCUUCACUAUCUGUGCCCAGGGGGGAGCAUGCCGGCAAGAGGCCCGAGUGUGGUCAGCACAAGCUGAGGGCGUUCAAAGGGGUCUCUGUGCUGGCCUGGCCAGGGAGGCCCAGUCUUGGAUGCACCCGUGCCGGGCUUCCCCUCAGCUGUCCGCAGCCGCUAAGCUUGCUGGUCAGAGCAGACUGUGAAGCUCCUCUGUGGGACAGGCUGGCAGGCUGCCUGCACGCAGGAACCUCCCCACUCCCAGCCCUACCAGCUGCAGAGAUGCCCAGCUCUGUCAGUUCUUGUGGGGGCAAUGUCAACCUUUGGGGAGGGCAGCGUGAGGCAGGAACCGGCAGUAAACAGCAAGCAGCGCUGAUCUCCAGUCCACCAGCCUGACGGGGAGUGCCAGUGCCGGCAAGUACUUUUUCAAUAUGUGGAUUUUUUUUUUUUUUUUUUUUUAGAAAAAGUCACUCAAUCUCUCCCUCCCCGCUAAUAUCCUUUUUUUUUUUUUUAACAUCUUUAUUGGAGUAUAAUUGCUUUACAAUGGUGUGUUAGUUUCUGCUGUAUAACAGUGAAUCACCUCCCCUAAUAUCCUUAUUACCACCUUUGAUUUUAUCCUUCCAGUCUUAUAUGCUUGCUCCGCUUAGUUAUAAUAAUAUACACAUAAAAUAUUUUGUAUCCUGCUUUUAUCAUUCAACACUGUAUAAGUUAUAAGCAUUUUUUCUAUUUUGUUAUCUAUCUUCACAGACUUUAUUUGUAAGGCUGUGUAAUUUUAAGGCUUCCAUAGAGUGACUGUACCAUAAUUCUGACUCAUCCCUUGCUGUUGGUUUCCUGGUUUGUUUGGUAACUUUUAAAAUUUUAAUAUGAUUUUAAACUUACAGAAAAGUUACAGGAAUAUCACAAAGAACUCCCAUAUAUCCUUUACCCACAUUUACCAAGUGUUUACAUUUUUAUCCCAUUUGCUUUAUGACUUAUGAUUUGCUUUAUCUGUAUUUACAUGUUGUAUUUUCUGAAUCAUUUGAGAGUAAGUUGCAGGCAUUGUACCCCUUUACCCCAAAACUUCAGUAUGCCUUUCCUUAAGAAUAAGGACAUCCUCUCAUAAUUUAUAACCAUAACCACUUAUCAAAAACAGGAAGUAUAACACUGAUAAAAUACUGUUAAUCUGGGCUUCCCUGGUGGCGCAGUGGUUGAGAGUCCGCCUGCCGAUGCAGGGGACACGGGUUCGUGCCCUGGUCUGGGAAGAUCCCACAUGCCGCAGAGCGGCUGGGCCCAUGAGCCAUGGCCGCUGAGCCUGUGCGUCCGGAGCCUGUGCUCCGCAAUGGGAGAGGCCACAACAGUGAGAGGCCCACACACCGGAAAAAAUAAUAAUAAUAAUACUGUUAAUCUAACACGUGCUCUCUAUUUAAAUUGUGUCAGCUGUCCCAGUAAUGUCCUUCAUAGUGAUUCCUGGUGCAGGAUCAUGUGUUACAUUUAGUUGUGACGCAUGAUUACAUGUGUCUCUUUUAAUCCAGACUUCUUGAGCCUUUCCUUGCCUUUUAUUACCUUGGCAUUUUUGAAGAAUACAGUCAGGUAUUUUGUAGAAUGUUCCUCAACUUGGAUUGGUCUCAUGGUUCCACAUGACUAGAUUAGGUUUUUGUAUGUUGGGCAAGAACACCACAGAAGUGACAUGUCCUCAGUGCAUCUUAAGUUGGCAUGUGAUGGUAGUUGGUCCCAUUAAUGCUGACAUUAACUCUGAUCUCUUGGUUAAGCUGAUGUCUGCCAGGUUUCCCUUUUUAAAUUUACUCUUUUCCCUUUUGUAAUUAACAAGUUAUUUGUGGGGAGAUACUUUGAUAUCAUGUAAAUAUUUUAUUCCUCAUCCAGUGUGAUUUUCUCACUCCAUAGUUUCUUCUACAUUUAUUGUUUGGCAUUCUACUUCUAAAGAACAGCAUUUUUCCUUCCUAUUUAUUAAUCUACUUGUUUAUAAGUACGGAUCAAUGGAUUCCUAUUUACUCAAAGUUGCAAGCCAUUGCUUUAAUUUGUUUUGAUUCUCAAACUGUCCCAGAUUUCUGGCCGGCUCUUGUGUCUUUUUAAUAUAUCCCCUUCAUUUUUUUUUUUUUUUAACACUUUCUUACUUUCUGGCUUAACAAGAUGUUUCAGGCUUAUCUUGUAUCUUCCCUGCCCCAGCCGUGGAAUCAGCCAUUUCUCCAGGGAAUCUUGAUUCCUUUUAAAGGAGAAUGAUAUUUAGAAACCUAGAGCUGGGUGCUGAGUGUGCCCAUUGCUACUGGGAUGUCAUUGCUUCUAGGCUCUUGGCAGACAGAGCAAGGAAAUAGCUACAGAUAAAAAUAUAUGGAAAUAUUGAGAGAGAUGGAGAUAGAUGAUAUAAAGAAUUAGAUAUUAAAAAUCAUGAAUCCACACUGAUAUUUUCAGUCUAGCUCCAUAAAGUUUAUUCUUAUCUUCUCCCUUUCCAUAUUUGUAACUCUUUUCUCCAGACUAAAUUUUAAAACUUUCUCCUUGCUUUGUUAUGUUCCAUCCAGUGAUCAUCCUGAUGUAAGUCUGUUUUUAUUAUUUCCUUGGGAUGGGCUCCCUUCUGGUUUCAGAACUUCCUCCUCGGCCUCCUAUCUCGAGGCUGAUAGGGCCAGCUGUCUUUGGGGCCUGUGCAUUUCUGUGCAGAGCUUGCGGACAUGGAAAUUAAGGUCAAUAGCAGGUUAAGUGUACUGGGCUGUAUGGGGGGGAUAGUGCCACGAAGAUGGAGUCAUUCCACCUGGGGACUCAGGAUAAAGAAACUGGAGAAGGGGAUGUUUGAGCUGUCUUAAAGGUGAAGAGGUGUUUGCUUCUUCUGCUGGGACCAUUCUGCCUCCCUGUGUCGUGUAGUGGGAGGUGGGCACAU